GUGCCAAUUUUUGAACAAUGCCGGGUUGCUGUGCUGUCGGCUGCAGCAACAAAACAGAAGACGGCUUCUCUCUCUACAACAUACCUCGUGGUAUCCGGAAUAGUGCACGCCGUGAAGUGUGGCUACAAAACAUUUCACGCGAGGACUUCCGUGCAACGCCGUCGACGCGGCUUUGCGAGGAACAUUUCACGCCAGACCAGUUCGAGCCAUUUGCUCUUGAACGCGGCGUGAAGAAGCUCAAACGCGACGCUGUGCCAACGCUUUUUAAGCCUUCCCGGCAGCGAAGGCGCACGAAAAGGCCUCUGUCGACAGGAAAUGGCAUCAGCAUUGACAGCAGCUCAAUAGGACAUGACCACUGCUACUUUCAUGUAUCUCAUGAGAGUGAUACUCAAGAAAUGUCCCCAGAGGAUCCAGAUCCGCCCCACCUUUCAAAUGAAGCGGAAGUGGUUGGCCAAGGAACUCUGGACAUUGUGCAAAAGAGUUCUGUGUGCAACAUACCAGCAUGCCUCAUGUUUUCUGUGCUUGAGUACGGUUCUUUGGUGCGCGAGUGUCUGGUGGUGGUGUGA